CCCUGAGAGGAGUAUCAGCUGUGCAGACCUCCUGUGUCUGUGUUUCCUUUAGGCCGUGGUUUAACUCCUCACCUUCUGUAUAGGAAACAAGUUUUCCAUCACAAGAUGGAAGAGGCGAGUUUUCUAGGAUAAAUCAAAACCAGAGGACUGGAAGAUAAAGUGAAGGAGGAGGAGUUUAUCUCCUCUGUGUAGCUCUAAGACACUUGAUAAGAUCAGACACACAGAGGGACCAUCUGCAGGAUUUUAUCUCUACAAACAGACGCAGCUGCUCAGGGAAGCUUCAACAUGCCGACAGUGAAGAGCAAGAGGAAGAAAGUGAAGAAGGAGGUGAUCGAAGUGGAGGAACAGGGUGAAGUUGGGAUGGAGGUGGAGAUGGAGGAUAUAAGCAACAGGAGUAACUCCGACAACAGAGACCAUCUGACCCCAGAUUUGCACGACACAGCUCCGCACAAGAAGAAGAAAAAGAAGAAGGCACAAACCAUUGACCAGGAAACAGAACACGGGGAUGUACCAAACGGGGAUAUGGCCGAGAUGGUCGGGGAAGGAGACGAAAUGGCUGUUUCUGUCAUCAGGAAGACCAAAAAGAAAAGGAAGGCAAAGACAACAGAGCAUUACAGCACAGAGCUGGAAGCUGAAGAUGAGGAUAUCAUCACUGAUGCUCAGUCCCCCAUCCCUCAGCAUUCCUUGUUUUCUGCUCCACACGGACACAGUCAGCCGGCCGGCAAAGUUUUUGUGGAGAGGAAUCGGCGUUUGCAGGCAGAUCGAGUGGAGCAGCUCAGACACUCAGAGCUGACAGAUGACUACUUGGAUCCCAGGCAGAACUGGACCACAAGGGAUGUUGCUUUGAAGGUCCACAGCAGCUUCAGGGUAGUAGGGCUGUUCUCUCAUGGGUUCCUGGCUGGCUUCGCUGUGUGGAAUAUCAUUGUCAUGUACGUGCUGGCAGGUGAGCAGAUGACCACGCUGCACAACCUGCUACAGCAGUAUCACCUUCUGGCCUAUCCAGCUCAGUCUCUACUCUACCUGCUGCUGGCCAUCAGCACUGUGUCUUCCUUCGACAGAGUCAACCUGGCUAAGACGUCCAUGGCCCUGAGAGGCUUCCUCACUCUGGACCCUGUGGCUGUGGCUUCCUUCUUGUAUUUCAUAGCCCUGAUACUGUCCCUCAGCCAGCAGAUGACCAGCGACCGCAUCAACCUUUAUCCUACUGCCAAUGAGACGCUGUGGCCUCCAGGCUCAGAGCAGCAGAUCUUGCGGCCGUGGAUUGUAGUCAAUCUGGUGGUGGCGCUGCUGGUGGGUCUGGCCUGGGCAGUGGUUUCCACACGGCCAGACAUUGACUACACAGAGGACUUCUUGAUGACAAUGGAGUUGGAGGGAUUCCAGAGAGGAGAUGAAAACCUGGACAUCCCUGCCUGAAAGCAGUCAUGUUAAAUAUCUGUCAGCUGCUGUAUUGGACUAAAUAAAAGAGAUGGUUAUUCCCAUCCAUCCAUCCAUCCAUCCAUCCAUCCAUCCAUCCAUCCAUCCAUCCAUCCAUCCAUCCAUCCAUCCAUCCAUCCAUCCAUCCAUCCAUCCAUCCAUCCAUCCAUUUUCUUACAUGCAUAUGUAUGAUUUUGUACCGGUAUAUAUGUAUCCAUUGUUAAAUGUUAUUUUGUUAUAUAAAUAAAUAUGUUUAUCUA